UCACCGAAAACCGAAACUCAUCAUGUCUGGACGCGGAAAGGGAGGAAAGGUGAAGGGAAAGGCAAAGACCCGCUCGAGCCGUGCGGGACUCCAGUUCCCCGUGGGCCGCAUCCACCGUCUGCUCCGCAAGGGCAACUACGCCGAGCGCGUGGGUGCCGGCGCCCCCGUCUACCUGGCCGCCGUCAUGGAAUAUCUGGCCGCUGAGGUGCUCGAGUUGGCCGGCAACGCCGCCCGCGACAACAAGAAGACACGCAUCAUCCCCCGACACUUGCAAUUGGCCAUCCGCAACGACGAGGAGCUGAACAAACUGCUGUCCGGCGUGACCAUCGCCCAGGGAGGUGUCCUGCCCAACAUCCAGGCCGUCCUCCUGCCCAAGAAGACCGACAAGAAGGCCUAAGCUCACACCGUGCAGGUUCACGGCGAAACCGGCCCUUUUCAGGGCCACCCAAAUAAUUCUCGUUAAUUUACAAAGCAAUACGAGACGUCUCAAACACUAAUUUAAUUUACCUCUAUUAUCAGUGAGACUCUUGUUUAAACUUUAACUGUCCUGCUUAAACAUAACAUAAACGGAAUAGUUCUUUAAAGAUCAGUUUAUUGGAUGGAUGGUUCAUUGCUUUGAAACCUACUUUAACAUACAUCGUAAAUCUCGCGCUCUGAAAAUGAGUGAGCUGUUAGCUGUUUGCGGCGGAUGAGCGAGCAACAACCGAGACCGGUGUAACCCCUCUAACGCAGUGAAGACUGAAGAGAGAAGCAAUAUAUUUGCUUCAAUUAUUUAAUCGGUAGUUCGUCAUGACAGAAUUAAUGAUGGCAUUGAUUUAAUUAGGUUAUUUCUUUGCAAUUUAUUUUAUUACUAAUUCUCAACUUCCUUUCUAAUUAAGUAAUAUUGGAAUUAUAAUGGAGGCAAACGAACAUAAAAAAGCGGCGAAAUUACUUAAAAAUUUUAAAAAUUAUUUCAUUGCUUUGAAACUUUAUUCAGAUGUAUUUGUUGGCCCUGAAAAGGGCCGAUUUUAAAGCCUUGUGUUGAUUUUGAGGCUUUCUUGGAGCUUUGGUGUACUUGGUCACGACGUGCUUGGCUAUUCGGGCGAGAGUUUGAGCCCGGCCACCCCCACAGCUUCAAAGGUGCCGUUGCGAGCAAUGGAAAGUGCGCCAACCUUGCGAUGUUGCUUAAUUAAAAGCGACCGAAAAUCCAAGGUCGCCUCUUCGCCCGCGAUGGUGAGACUGAGCUUGCAGAUUCCUGCACUCAACGCCCGCCGAAUCGCCUGCUCCUGGCGCCAAGAGAAACGCCACCAGCCGGAUGUGGUUUUGAAGAUCCAGCUGUACUGGGUCGCCGGCUCAGGCACAGGACAGCUGAGGAAAUCUUCCGGCGUGGCCCAGAAAUCCAGCGGCAGGAACGCCCGGCACAUUGCGCAGCGUUUUAUUUUGCCCCAACUGCAGUCGAAGCAAAAUAAAUGCCCGCAACAUGGCAAGCGCAUCGGCAUGUCCAGGGCCAGCAGACAGAUGGGACAUCGAGUGUCGUCUGCGGAAACAAAAUCAGAGAAAUCUAUUAGAAAAGGUCGCAAAAAUAAUUUG